AUGAAGCUGUUUCUCAUCCGCCACGCAGAAUGCGAGCAUAAUGUGGGCCAAGCGUUGGGCAAUGCCGAUAACCUUACAAGAGUCGGCCAAGAGCAGGCUCGACAACUGGCACGGUAUCUGUCAGACCGCCCGGUGCGCUUUACUCGGGUGCUCUCGUCGGACCUGGAUCGUGCAACCGACACAGCCCGCGUCAUCUGCAAGCACCAGAUGGAGAACGGUCCGGUGCUGGAGCCGUUUCGGACAGCUAAGUUGCGAGAGCAAUGCUUUGGAUGCGGCGGUCUGUCCAUGGACGUGACUCAUAUCGAAUCGAUGGCGUCGAUGCGGGCUCGUGUCCAUGGCGUCCUGCGCGAUCACAUUCUGCCUGAGAUGGCUAACCGGGUAAAAAGCCGGGGUGCAGUUAUUGGAGUGGUGGGACAUGCAAUCAUCUUGCAGGUCUUCUGGGCCUGUCUGACUGAUCUCUUUGGAUCACAGUCUUUCCAUCUGGCCCGGGAUGCGACCUGGAUGGGGUCCAACUACAUGCGCCCAAAGUGGUCCAACACGGGGAUCAUGGAGUUGGAUAUCCGUCCCGGAGGGCCACCAGAAGAGAUGCUGCUUGAGAAUGCGGUCCAAGUGAACGUCCAACCGCCUUGGCUCACCAAGUCCACGCCGCCGGUGACGCCGGAUGGAAGCGCUCCUUUGAUCGGUUGGUCGGUGACAAUCCUGACGGUCGAUAGCACACCGCAUCUCACCGUCGAGACGCAAGCUGCUCCCAAGAUUAUGCCGUUUUCAAGACAGCCACUGAUGGCCGAGUCCUAUCGGGUACCGGGGGCCCGUGUAGCAUGGUGA